AUGAAGACGGCAACUUCCGCCUCCGUAGCCAAGCCCACGAGGGACGGAUGGUGGGCCACCCGCAACUCAGCCUCUGGACCGGAGCCAAUGGAGAUGACGAAAAGGCAGUUCGCCGGCCGCGACUCUGGGAAACCCAGAGGUCCACCCGAGAGAAGAGGGGACCGGGCAAGCCGGGUUGCCUCCGGAGGUUCGAAAGUGACUCUCCACUCAACCCUCAUGUCCAUCCUUCCCAUCGAGAGUGGAAUGGUCACAGGUCACCUGGACAUGUGUGCCCCCUCCCCCCUCCCAGUCAGUCCAGCUGGACAGGGGGCCUUUCUGUCGGGUUCAUCAAGCCUGGGAGUAGUUGUGGGUAGGCGCCAGAAUCUUGGUGGCUAG